AUGGAUAGAUUUGAAAGUGAAGGUGGUGAACAAAGUUAUGACUACACGAUGAAACAAGUAUUGGUUAAUCUCAAGGCAAAACCUUCCAUAAGAGCAAAAAAUUACUGGGACUUGACCGAUAAAGUUUGUCGAGAAGGUACAAGGAUUAUUGAAAGAAUUGUCGAAAACGGAGAAGUUUCAAAGAAUGAUUCGGAACGGUUAAAACCAGAGGAUUGUCAUGCCCCUAGGUUAUCAGGAUUGCCAAAAAUACACAAAGAUGGUGUUCCAUUGAAAGGGGUGGUCUCGACGGUUGGAUCGCCUUUUGAAAAACUGUCAAGAUUUGUCAUUCCAAUUCUGAGAACAAUUCAGGGAAGAAGUAGACUUUAUCUAAAGAAUUCGCGAGAAUUGAAAGAAAAAGUUAAGAACUGGCGUGUGGAGAGAAACGAGAUACUCGUGAGGUAUGGUGUGAAGAAUUUAUAUCCAUUGAUCCCAAUAGAUGAGGCAUUAAAAUUGAUUGAAAAGUUGUUAAGAAAAAGUAAACCUUAGUAAAUAUAACUGACUUAACCGUACAGUCGGUAAUGGAAAUAUUGAAAUGGAUGUUUGGCUUGUCUUAUUGUGAGUUUGACGGCAAGCAUUGCAUAUUAGAAUGUGGACCAAUUGGUCUUGGAGUAACUGGUGAGGUCGCCAUAAUCUAUAUGGAAGAGUUUCAAAUUCGUGCAAUGAAAACAUCUCCAUAUCCCCUAGAUCAAUGGAAUUGGUAUGUGGACGACAGUAAAAUGAAGUGCAAGGAAGAUCAAUCCGAAGAAAUACUCGAACACCUGAAUAGCAUUAAACCAGACGUCAUUGUCUUCACGAAAGAGAAUCAAGUAGAAGAUACGUUGCCAGUACUAGAUUUGAAACAAGUGUAUGGUUCAUUAUAAGACACACCAACAUCAAUAUUAAAGCGAAAUCGAAUCAUCCUCCUUGUAUGAAAAAAGGCAUCAUCAAAGGAUUUCGAGGAAUGAUAGUUGUACCUUACAUCCAGGGCUUAUCAGAACAAGUCAAAAGAUUGGCUUCCAAACAUUAUUUUCGGACGACAUUUAAACCAGGAAAUAAAAUAAAGGAAUUGAAGGCAAGGGCUCAAAAACCACUUGGCGAAAAACAAAAAUCUGUUGUCUACGAGGUCCCAUGCAAGUGCAAGAAAGCGGUGUAUGUAGGGUAACGUCGAGGUUGUUUAAGGUGAGAAAGAAGGAACACCAGAGCAAGUAAGAUUAACAAACAAGGAUGUAAGAAAUGGACGGAUGGCGGUGGCAGAAGAACGAAUGUGGAAAGAAGACGGAGGUUUAGCAAGGCACGGUAUAGAGUGUAUGGAAGAAAUAGAGUGGGAGAACACGCGAAUAUUGAGAAUUGAAUAUAGAUUACGACGGCGGAAAGUUAUAGAAGGAAUUGAGUCUCUUAGAGUAAGGCAAAACAAAUGGAUGAUUGAUGACUUGGAGACCAAUAUUAAACAAAUACUUUAUUAAGGAAAACGAGCGCGCGCGUGCGCACACGCAGUUUAAUUUAAAUUAGCUUGCGUGAAAUGAACGUUUCAAAGUUGCACACGUCAUAUUUAAGAACAAUUUGUUAGCCUGAGCAUAGAGAUUAUAAAUAACACUAGAGGAGGCAUUGUAAUCUUAAUUCAGUAAAAAAAAGGGAACGCGACUAUUGGGGGGCAAAUUCAAGUCCCGGAUGUGUAUUCGUGUUCCCAUUGGUGACGAGUUUCAAAUCAGCCAAUGAGAGCACGAUUUUAUAUCCGGGACUUGAAUUUGCCCCCCAAUAGCUGCUUUCCCAAUUUUUAAAAUCGAUGCCUCCUCUAGUGUUAUUUAUAAUUUCUAUGAGCCUGAGGACGUAUAGUAAAUUAUGAUGCUCAGUAAUAAUCGUCUCAACCGGCAAAAAAUCCAUUCCGGUCUGGUUGGAUAAAACCUUCAUAUGGAAAAUUUUAUUUCACUUGACCGAGAUCUCCAUGCAUACACCGAAUACAAAGUUAGACCUCACCUAGCCGGACUGACACGUCUCUAAUGUGAAGACAAAUUGGACAAAGUGCAUGCAGAUCUCUUGUAGCUGAGUUUUCCGGUUGACUGGGAUCAGCAGGCGCUAUAAUGAGUAUGAGCACUUAAUUCAAGAAAAACUUCUAUCUCGAUUUUUUCAAAAUCCCAGGCCUAGUUUUCGCUGCACUCCUAUAGAAUUGAUGGAAUGUCAAAUUUUACAGUGUUUCGCCAUCGUCAACGAAGGAUGAGGAAGGUUGUUCAGUUGAUUCGAUCGAUAGAAAAGUUGCAGCUCGAGAAAGACAGCAAGAUGCUGUCGAAGAUGAUAUUAUGGAAGACGAUUUAUAUACGCCAAGCCAAGUGGAGGACCUAGAUGAUAACGAACCAUUGACUAACGAUAUAAAGAUCCCAUUUCUCUACAAGAAGAAUCCAGGUAGCUAGUAUUAAUUUUUAUAAACUUUAACACAAUAUCGGCAAAUUGAUUACAUACAUAAUGUGUUUAAUGAUUGAAUGGGAUUUCGUGACCAGUUUGGAUAACUAACCAGUUUGGAUAACUAACCAGUUACACAAUUCCACUAGACUAGAUUGUCCCCUGUGUCGUCAUUCUCAUGUAGUGCUUUGGUGUUCUCUUAGUUCAUUUCGGAAACAGUCUAAUGUACGUGAAUACUUUCUCGUUUGUCAUGCAUUAUCAACAAUCCAGAACAUACAACCUCUAACGGUCGAUGUCAUUUUGGGUAGUGAUGACAACGUUUCUAGCAAAGGUCCUUCGUUGGGAAGUUAGUAGCCUGGUUUGCAUAACAUGUGAAAACAAACAUAUUGUUCUAAUUUUUCAACUCAAAAAUUCAUUUUCACUUAGAAUAUUAAAUCCUUGUACAUAGAUAUUCCGCAUCAAGAUGUUCACCCUCAGCAACUAGUUUUAACCAUGGUAUUUUUUUGUUUGUAGAAAGUUUGAACUUCGGUCAAGAUACUGAUCUCACACCUGAUUGCCUUGGUAGGUACAUAGAUGACUGCCUUAGCACAGCGUUAGUCCUCGCGUCUCGUUCAGCGCCCCAGUGCUUAUGUGAGAUCAGCGAGACGAGUUUAUUAUUUCUUUUAGAUUGACACUAUCAUGUUUAGAUAGUCGAUUCAUGGAAUUUAUUGCAAUAGUUACUUCCUAUUUUUUUCAUCCCAUCCGAACCACGCCAAAAAGUCUAUACCUUUCCUUUGUCUUUGUUGCAUUUGCAGUGAAGACUAAGGAUAUUCCAAGUCUGAAACACCAUGCAUGCAUUUUUAAAGGCCUUCCAAAUUCCCCAAUUUAAAACUCUUAGAAACAUUUCCCUAGUCUGAACUUAUUAUCCAACGACCAAAGUAAGAAUAACGAAUUACCAUAUCUUGAGAAAAGAUCCUGAAACAUUUUACUUAAUUUCCUAUAUCCUCGUCCUUUUUAAUGGAGAAGAAAUAUCCGUGAAACCCUAGUUAUAGCUCCUACCACAGGAUUCGUCGUCACAUAAUGGCACGAUUCCUUAUGGUGUGGGUCAAUGUAAAACGUGUGACUAUUCAAUUCCAGUGCAAUUUCGACAACUAUUUCGGCAAUAAUAACCCACAAAUUGUGCCCCGAUUUAAAAUUGGCAUGAUACACCUAUACGUUUAGCUCUAUCUGUCUUUGCCUGACAGAAGCAAACGACAGUACUUUUUUUUAAAUUUCAGACGCAGCGCAAGACGUUGAAGAAAAGCUCAAUCUGUGGAAGCUGUCUGACGAGGAACGUGUGGAUUUUAUUUGCACUUUGCAGUACAAAAUUGUUCGUGAAUUUAGCAAGGCCGUAACUUUGUACGAAGAA